AUGGCGCAACCGAGCGACUCCGAGAUACCGCUGCCGCCGGCUCCCUCGUCUGACCCGCGCCUCGGAAUCGUCCUCGACGGCGCCAGCAUGCCCAUCGCCGACCAGCACGACUUGUUCCAGCUGCUGCCCAUCGACGCCCUCCACCUGCUGAGCGCCAGCGUCGAGCUCCUCGUCCGCAUGACGGGCGAUGUGCCCCCGACACCCCCGCCCAAGACGCCGACCAAUCCGCAGAUGAGUGACAUGCAGGUCGAAAAAGAGAACAUUGCGCGCUCGCAUUCCGAAAAGAGCCUCGCAAAGCUGUUGCGCCAGCAGCAGCAGCAGCAGCCGACAGGGCAGGUCACUGCUUCAAAAAAGGGAGAUGCGAGUGAUGUGUCUCCCAAGGCGUCCGGCCCGGCUGCCGCCACUCAGAACAAGCUGCUUGCAUACAGCGCAUCCAUGACAGCCCAGCUCAAAUCACAGCAGCAGCGGCAAAUGCGACAGCACGAGCACGGCGGCAUGGCCUCGUAUCCGUCGCAAGGCCAGAUCGACGGUGUCCAGCUCCGCCAGCGCCCACCACCAGCUCACCCGGGUGUCUCUCCUCCCGACGAAUCCCGACCGUACAUUGUUGUCGGCGCCGACUCGCAGCCCGUCAACCUGCAGCACGGCGCCAUCACGCGCAAAUUCUUCUCCAAGCAGAUCCCCCCCAUCCCCAUCGGCCAGUACCUCCUCCGGCUGCACCAGUUUUGUCCCAUGAGCACCGCCGUCUACCUCGCCACGUCGCUCUACAUCCAUCGCUUGGCCGUUGAGGAGCGCGCCAUCCCCGUCACGCGCCGCAACGCCCAUCGACUCGUCCUCGCCGGGCUACGCGUUGCCAUGAAGGCCCUCGAGGACCUGUCGUACCCGCACACUAAGAUUGCAAAGGUGGGCGGCGUCAGCGACGUGGAGCUCGCGCGCCUCGAGAUUAGCUUCUGCUUCCUCGCGGGAUUCGAGCUCGUCGUCGGCGAGGAGCCGCUGCGUCGGCACUGGGAAGCGCUCCGCGACGGCAGGGCGCAGCAGAUGCUUCGUGGCACCGAGGUGCCGGCGCUCACGCUCGGGAGGAUGCCGAGGGAGGUGCCGGUCACGCCCGCGGGCGGUUAG